CUGCAAUGUUUGGACAUGGAUCCAUUCCCGUAUGAAGGCGUGCAAAACAAACCCUGGGACGGACGCAGCCGAGCCUCCCAACCCUGGAAAAAGUCCGACAAGAUGUUUGCGGUGACCAUGACAAAAGUGAUGGCCAUUUUCUUGCUUCAGCUUGUGUACAGCACAGAUGCCAAAAUGGACAUCAUCACCAGCAAGCAGGACGUUCACGUCGGAGAUGCUCUUUUGCUCUUGUGUAAAGCUGGGGGGGAAGGACAAAUCACAUGGCAACGGGAUGGCCAAGACAUUGACGAAGAGUUCAUAUCCAGUGUAGAUGAGUCCUCUUCUAAGCUGGUCAUCAAGAGCGCCACGUUGGAGGAUGCGGGAAGGUACACCUGCCUGUGUGACUUUGACAACGGUCACAUGGACGAUGUGCAGACGCAGAUUUACGUUUAUGAGGGUCCGUCAUUUGAGGGCACCGCCACCUACCAUGAGUUUUUGGAGGGUACGGAUGGGGCGGCACCGUGUCGGGUAUCGGGCCAGCCGGCGGUGGAGGUCCGCUGGUUAUACGGCAAGGAGAGCCCGUCUCAAGGACAAAACAUACGGCGGCUGCCUGAUAACACGCUCGUCUUUGAAAAAGUCAAGCGACAGGAUGCCGGGACGUACGUGUGCCAGGCCCAAAUCAGAGGAAGGCCCGUCUCCAAGCAACUUUCCAUAUCUAUCGUUGUCAACGUUCCUCCUACUGCACAUAUGAAAGAAGAGGUGAAGAAAGUCAUGGCUGGAGCAGAAAGCAACGUCACCUUGCUGUGUUUGGUCGACGGGCACCCCAAGCCCAAUAUCACCUGGAGCGUGCCAGCAUCAUAUGAGCCCGGCGGGCAUCACCAGUUCAACUCUGACGGCAGCCAGCUGACCAUCAGGUCCGUCGUCGGGGACGACCACGGCGAGUACAUCUGCACGGCAAGCAACAAGAUGGGCGAAAGCAGCGCUACCGCUAUGCUUCAUGUCUUUGAGGCCCCAGAAGUGUCUUUGUCUGUGGAAGUGCAGAAUGUCAGCGUGGGCCAGAGCGUGGCAGUGGCCUGUAACGUCUCCGGACUUCCUCAGCCUGACCUGCGCUGGAUCAACAAGCGCAACGGGCAGACGCUGGACUCACCUUCUGGUCGGAUCCGUGUUGAGGGCGGUGUUUUAGUGAUUGAUGAAAUAGCGCCAUCUGACGGUGGCUUGUAUUCCUGCAUGGCUGUCGGACUCAUUGGCAAUGCGUCAAGAGACGUUGCAAUUCACACUCAGCCUGGUCCUCCGCCUUACCUGUCAGUGUCAUCUGGACCUGCGUCAGUCUUCUUCUCCCUCAAAACACUCCCCGUUAACGGGGGAACACCAAUUACCCACUUUGUCCUGCAGUGGAGACAAAAUGCAGACGUGGAGUGGCAAGAGGUGACAGUCCCGGCUUCAGGUAAUUCAGAUGGCCUGGCUGUCACCUCCCUGAUGCCUUACACGUUAUACACGCUGCGUUUGGCUGCCGUCAAUGCGGCAGGACGGGGGCAAUUCUCAGACACAAACACUGUCCGGACCUUAGGAAGACGUGAACCAGACAGCCCCGUUUUGUUAUGUGAUGAGAUGAAAGUAGGGGGCGACUCCUUCUUCAUCCCCCUCAAACACACGGAUAAUGGCGACACUCCUCUCCUGCACUACAAUCUGCGCUAUCGAGAGGAUAACGACAGGGCCGAGUGGAAAGAGAAGCGGCUGUCGGCCGACGUGAACUCUGUGGGCCUCACGGGGCUGACCUUUGGCUCCGACUAUCAAUUGGAAAUUGUAUCGGUCAACGCUAACGGUUCCUCCGCCCCGGCAACGUUCAACUUCACCACUGCGGCCAAACCCGUGCGCGGCAGCAUGACCAAAGGCAGCGUGGCAGGCAUCGUCAUGGUGAUCUUCCUCCUGGUUUUCUUGGUGGUGGAUGCCACAUGCUGCUACAAGAACCGCUGCGGCCUGCUUAUGUCCAUCUCUGUGAAACUUUUUGGAAAGAAGGUUCCGGAACUCAGAGAAGGGGACGGGGCUACGAACGGGGAAGUUAAAAUGAACGGGAUGUCCACUCCAAGAGGCCAAAGGCACCAUAUGGAAGUUCAGACACUUCCCUCAAAAGAAGAGGGCACACUCACAGAAGUCACCUGUGACAAAGCUUCUCUCACCAAACAUGAAAAAACUCAACCAGACCGAAACGUGGCUGCUACAGACGCAUGAAAAGCAAGACAACCUCAAAUAUUUGCUAAGCAUCCAUUUGAGCAGUCAUCAAUACAAUACUACGUAGUGUGUCAACAAGAUGUUGACCAUCUCCAGUUGCUAUGAAGACAACUCAAAGUGAUAUUUUGUGUGGAAUCCAAACUGUCAUGCAUCCAUGCAAGGGUAAUAUUGUGAGCGGUCUUUUACAGGGUCUUUGUAAUUUAUUCUUGAAAUGACAAUGUUUUCACAUGAUAUGAAUGUUAAAACACACCAAGAUUAUUUAAAUUGGACAUUGUUAUGAAUUUAUUCUGCUGAGGCUGCUAUCACUGAUUUUCUUGUGGAGCAAAUAUCCAAUUCACGUACAGGCCGUUAAACAUUUAGCUAAGGCGAUAAGAACGUGGCUAUUUUAAAGUUGCUGACUUUUUAGGCUAGUUUGUGUCUGCCUGACCAAUAAACCAAAAAGUUGUUCAUGCAUGCAAGUCCUAUCAGCUGUGUUGUAAAUAUGUCUGUUUUUAUUAGUGUCUGUGCUAUAUCCAGUAAAAGUAUUCACAUCA